AUGAAUGAAUUCACUUGUGAAAUUGUGCUGCCUUGCAAGGAUUACGUUUGUUUUAAUAACGGGAUCUGUGAGAAUGAACUUAUCAAAGACAAUAAGAAUAGAGAAAUCAGCUACCGUGCUAAAUGUAAAUGUCCACCACGUAACGUUUAUGGAAUAGCAGCUAAGUUCGAAGGUAAACAUUGUGAAAAAUUAACGGUUGAACACGAAGAAAGGAUCUAUGAUGAAUGUUUUCCAUGUCGAAAAAAUGCCAUAAACUAUACAAAUGACUGCUUGGACGAAUACAGUCAAAAUUCAACUUUACAGUAUAUGAAAGAGCUUUUAAGUCAUUGCGGGGAAGCUUGCGAAAACGCAGCCAGAUUUUGUCUUAACGGUGGAUUAUGUGAUGUCGAAGGUCGAUUUGAUGAAGAUGAAAAGUUUUCAAUGUUAUUACCAGUCUGCCAAUGUGUUGGCUUAGAUGAGGGAAUGCUUUGUGAAAAACAUAUAGUUUCACCAUGUGAUGCUACCGCUUAUGAUUCACGUACAGCUGCGGAAAAGUGUGGUGAACAUGGAACUUGUGUCGGAAGAACAAUACAAGAUUAUGUUUGUGAUUGUUUUCAUGGAUGGACUGGUGAAAAGUGUGAUAUUUUGGAGCCGUGUUACUUAAAUGAUUGUUCUCCUGGAAGUUUAUGCGUGGCGAUACCAAUUGAACAACGUGAAAAGUAUUCUUUAGGUUAUACUUGCAUAUGUGGAAUGAAUCAGGACCCUGAUUUCACUUCAUUGAGCAAUACUGUUCAAUGUAUUAGAACUGAUAUUGGUAUAUGUGCUGGUCAAAUGUGCAAAAAUGAUGGCAUUUGCUAUCCUUGCGAAGAAUCUGAUAUGAACAAUUUGCAACUUUGCUCCGAUGAGGAGAAACAACGUAGAUUUAGGUGCUUAUGUCCAUAUGGUUUAUUGCCACCAUUUUGUGAUAAAGAAGCUAAUGCUUGUGAUAAGCACAAAUGCCAAAAUGGAGCACAGUGCGCAGUUGAUCCAGAAAAUGAAUUUAACUUUAUAUGUCGCUGUCGUCUUGGUUUUAGUGGAUCAUUUUGUGAAGAGCCGAUAUCUCCCUGUGUAAUGCAAGGCUUACAAACAUGUAUGAUGGGCAGCUGUGUACAAGAUACAAGUUUUGUACGUGGUUUUCGUUGUGAAUGCUCUGAUGGUUAUGAAGGUUUAAACUGUGAUUCUCAGAAAAAAUUAGAUAUCAUAGGAUUUGUUCAUAAUAAUUAUUGGUGGACUUAUCCAUUAAUCGCAAUGGUUGUUUUAACUCCUAUUACUAUUGUUCUAACUAUAUUAUCAGAAGAUCGCGCGAGAAGAGAAUAUGAAUUAAAAGUAAAUGAAAAAAUGCGCUCAACAGUGAUUAGUUUAGAUGAGUUUCUUGUACGAAAUCAAAUUUUUUAA